AUGCCCGCAAGGUAUACUGGUAGUUAUCUCCCAUGCCCGGUGUUGAACUUCCGGUACAAAUUGCAUGCGAAGUACUUUUUAAUUUUCAAGAUUCUCUACAAUAUGGCAGCCUUAUUUUCGAGAAAGUUAUGUGCCCUGAAAUAUCACCAACCUCAUAACUUCAAUUUUUCAGAUGAAAAUGAAUUACGCAAUCUUGUUGUUUGGCUUGAAGACCAGAAAAUCCGUCAUUACAAAAUAGAGGACCGUGCUGGGCUACGAAACACAGCUUCCCCAGAAUGGUUAAAGGCAUAUGAAAAGUAUACACGAGACCUGGGAUGUCCAUAUCAAGUGUCAGAGAAGGCUGCUGUUAUAGACUGGUUGCUAGGUUACGCUGUACGGCUGGAUUUCGGAGAUGAAGUGGAAAAAUACAAGACAAUUAAACCCAACACCUUGAAGUCCUCUAGUGCAGCAGCACCACCCACCAGUCAGUCCUCUAACCCUCUGGACAGUCUGGACUUCAAUGACCCCGACUUCAAAGCCGGGGUGACUUCACUUGCUAUGAUGCUUCAGAUUCCACCCUAUCAAGACCACCUAGAACAACUUAAGGCUAUCUGUAUUUUAGUGAAAGAAAAACUAUCCAAGGAGAUCUUAGAGAAGAAAAAGCCAGCUAAUCCUAAUGAGGUUAUUCCUAUAGACAAGACAGAACUUGGUUUUGAUACUGGCGAUUAUAUAAUUAACGAGGCAGCCAAAAUAUUACGUCUCUUGCAUAUAAAAGACUUACGUGAACUUCAAUCGAACAUUAACCAUGCUAUUGUGGCAGUACAGGAGUUAAUUGCAAAUCCCAAAACCGCUAUACCCCGUGAUAGCAAGUUUGCUCGCAGACGAUGAAUAGUGUUUAAGUUAAAAGUGCAACUUUGUGACCGGCAAUAUAUAUGUGUAUGGCAUUUAAUUUGAGUUGUGAUCGGAUCCACAUGUAAACAUAUAAAUAUUUAAUAAUGUCCUAUUUUUUUUACCAGCUCCACAUACUCUGGGUAAUUGUUUUUACAAAAAUGGUGUUCACUCCUUAAGCUCUAUUGGUAAUGAAAAUGUGUUCAAUACAUUGUUUAUUGGUUAUUUAUGACUACAAUUUAAUGUUUGAAUAUAUGAAUGACAAUCAUUAUAUAUUACAAAAUGGCGCAAGUCUGAGUAGACUGUUAUUAAUUAUGGCCCAAUUUUUCAAAUAAUUACUAAACUUGAUGUUGGAAAUAAAACCUAGUUUUAUUGUGAUUUACUUUAAACUAUUUUCCUGUCAUAUCUCUGGACAGAGAACAUUAAAAAUUUAUACCUACUGUAAAUGAUGUUUUUAAGACGCAGUAAAGAAAAAGGGUGUGCCUUGCUUGAAGCUGUUAUAAGGGACUGAGAUUGUUUGAGAAACUGAGGCCAGAGAGCUAUCUUAAUUAUCAAAAAUCCUAGGAACCGUAUCAUACCUUUUAUAGAGGAGAUUUUUAACUGCAAUUAUAUAAAAUACAUAUGUUUGUUUUACCAAACUGUUUGAAAUCCUUCAAAGGUAAGAAAUUGCCCCUAGGAGUCGCGAUGAAAUGGCGCCCACCUACAUGUAUUCAAAGUUACUGAUAUUUUUUUAAUCAUGUCAGACAGUUAAACCAAAAAGACAAGUUAUUUAUGUGUGAGAAAGGAACCAAAGUAAUUUCAACAGGAUCUUUUAUGUCACGCUCAGAGUUAAUUCUUGUGAUGAAGUCCUAGUGAAUUUAGCUUAAGUAAUAGUUAGAUGACAUGAAGUAACAUUUUAAUGAUUAAGAAUGGGCAGAGUGAGCGUAGUGAUAUUACUUCAGGUCAUGUAACUGUCUUAUAAUACUACCUCAUUGGCUGACACAUUGUCAACGAAAAACCUGACAAAGGGAGUGUGUAUCAGAUGAGUGGCAGUAGGCUGAUCUUGAAACCAAUGGGAAAGGUUGAAAUUCUGAAUGAUAAAGCCUAGUACUAAAUGAUACCCUGUCUGCAACUUCAUUGGCUGAAAAUGUAGGUUGCAUUCUAUGGUCAGUUUCUAUUUAAAUGUUUGUUUUUGCAAAAAUAAAACUCCAGGCAAUGUGAGAGGGUGCCAUUGGCAUCCGGCCAUAUAUAUAUAUAUAUAUAACUCAAAAAGAAAAGAUAUUAAAAUGAUACAUGUUGCCUGAGAUGAUUCAGAUAGGUAUAUCAAGGCCCAUAACUCUGGUUUUAAUAAUGGUGAUGCCGAUUGCCCCUUUCUGAUAAAAAGAAACACAACAAACAAUAGAUGAGCCUUGUGUCAUUUUUGUGGUGUUCUUGUUAUUUUCAGUCACGUUUAUUAAUUGCCACUUGUUCAUGUUCAUGCAUUGAUUAAAUUUGCAUUAUACAUUUUGUUUAUUUUUGGGUAAUAUUUUACAAUUGGACACACAAAUAUAUUUGCAUGCCAACAUUCUUCAUAAAAAACCCUCUUAAUUCUAUACUUAAAGUUUUAUUCUUUACAAUAAUGUGACAAUACUCUGAUGCUAUAUGAAUUAUUGUUCUUUUAAACUGACGUGUACAUGUAUUAUAUAAAUGUAUAUACAUAUAUGUUGACAAUGUAACAACAUUAUAAUGAUGUAAUUAUGUACGAUAUAAUAUAAUUAGUCCCAGCUGUUUAUAAUAUAUGUAACCAUGUUACAAUUGUGAUUUACAUUAUGUAUAUCACAAUACAUCCAUUUGACCUUCAAUGUCUUAUCUGACACAAAACUUUCAUUCUUAUAAAAUCAGGUUUAAAAUAGAGUUCAAAUGAAUUUAAAUAAUUUUAACAUUUUAGGUUGAUUUAAAGACUCUUGUGUUUUGAGUGAUAAACUGUAUUUAAUUCAUAAAUAUUCAAUACGGUUCUUAUCCUUAUCAUAAGACAUGCCUCAGUGAUUCUAUUGGCUAAUUAAUUGUAUAAUCCAAUCAAAACACUAAGAUUUUAAUCUUAAAAUCAAGUUAAAUCUAAGAAGAUAUUUGAACAUGUAUUGUUAUGUCUUUAACAAGCAGAUUUGGGUCAUAUUGUAAGGUUUUUGAAGUAUUCGUUUUCAGCAUUAUAACAAAGACAUUCUUCUUCAAAUAGAAGCAUAAACUACUUAAAAAGUACCAUGUCACACCAUGAGUGUGACCAUUCUAUUUUAGUCACAGGAGAAUUCGGUGUCAUAUUUCCUGCUAUGUCAAAUAAUAGGGCCUGGAAUGUUGCAGAAUCGGCAUUUUAUUUUUUGUCACAGAAACUUGUAUCAUAUUUCCUGCUAGUAUGUCAAAAAAAUAGGGCCAGGAAUGUUGCAGAAUAACCAUUCUAAUUAUAGUCACAGAAACUGUGGUGUCAUAUUACCUGCUUUGUCAAAUAAUUGGGCUUGGAAUGUUGCAGAAUCACCAUUCUAUUUUUAGUCACAGAAACUGGUAUCAUAUUUCCAGCUAGUAUGUCAAAUAAUUGGGCCUGGAAUGUCGUAAAAUCACCAAUCUAUUUUAAGUCACAGGGAAACCAUGCUGUCAUAUUUCCUGCUUAUGUUCAAAUCAAUGGAGUGGCACAGACACUUGGGCCAUUUAUUUGGUUAAUGCAUACAAAUAAGCUUUAACCAACCUAGUGCUUGUGAUUAUAUUUUGUCUACUGACCAAGUCACUGUUUCAGUCUACCAUUUCACUGGAUUAAAAUCAGUAGAGGCUAUAAUUAUGCUUGAUUACCAAAAUAAAUAUUCAGUAGAUUUAAUAAUAUUGCCAUCCGAUUGGAAAAAAUAUAAUUUUGAAAACGAGCUGUUUCUGCUUGGUAAGAUUUUCUUUUGAUUGUAAUAAUGUAUAUUUUGACAGUGAUUGGUUAAACUCAAAAUUUAAAGCUAUAUUUUUAUGAAAAAUGUCUGGUUGUUUAGGCUUAGUAUUUACAAUUAUUAUUCAAUUUUGUUAUUGACUUAACGUUGCUGACGACAUGUACAUUUUACUUGGGAUUAGUUAAUGGUAUAAAAAAAGAAGA